AUGGCACCGGCGCUGCUUCAGUAUGUCCAGGACAUGGUCUUCCCGCCCAUUUUCAUGGGCGUGAGUGUUUGCUAUUUCGGCCUGACCCUCCUAAACAACCCGCUCCUCCCGCUCAGCGACUUCCACGCCUUCAAGGAAAAGGCCUUUGCGCGGCUCUGGCUCAAAUACGGGCCCAUGUACGCCGAGCAGAUCCCCGAGGAGCUCCCGCCCCUGCUGGCGCAGUGCCGCGGGGUGGUCCUCGACGUCGGGCCGGGGUCGGGCGAGCAGGUCAAGCGCUUCACGCACCCGGAGAACAUCACGGCCAUUUACGGUGUCGAGCCGGGCGUCAGCAUGCACGCGCAGCUGCGGGAGAAGGCCGCCCAGGCCGGCCUGGCGGGAAAGUACCACGUCCUGGCCGCGACGGCGGACCUCGACGCCAUCCUCCCGCAGCUGAUCAAGGCCGGGCUGGUGUCGUCCGAGUCGGCCAAGACUUCGCCGGCGGACCUGCAGCUCUUUGACGAGAUCGUCUGCGUGCGCGUCCUGUGCGGCGUGCCCGACCAGGCCGCCACCGCCGCCGACCUGUACGCCCUGCUCAAGCCCGGCGGCCGCCUCGUCCUCUGCGAGCACGUCCUCAACACGCACCACUGGCCCGCCCGCCUCGCCCAGCACCUCUACAUGCUCAUGGGCUGGAAACAGCUGAUGGGCGGCUGCUGCUUGACCCGCUCCACCGUCGACACCCUCCUGAAAGUCGCCCAAGCCCGCGACGGCGGCUGGGCCCAGGUCAACCUGUCCUCCGCCGACGAGUAUACCCCGGCGACGCACGUCACGGGCGUUUUGAUCAAGAAGGGAGGGAAGGAGUAG